AUGAAAGAGGCGAUGAAUCUACCACGAGGCGGCACAAAAGCAACUAGACUCAUCCACAUCGGCAAAGAAGGUGAGAAACCUACUUUUAACCGAAUGCCUCGUUUGUGGUCCCCUCUUUCUGACUUUCUGCUUCCUAAACACGGCUGCAAUCGCAUACACAGCCACAACUGCACUACCCUUUGGUACAAUUGUUGUGAUUGUUUUGAUAUAGAGUUUGGUGACAUCACCUUUACUGGUUCUCCGGGGUAUUGCUGGAAAAAACAACAAAGCUGA